UAGGCUGUGCUAACAGUAGUGGCUAUAUAUGUUGUGCUCUAUGUGUCUAAUAUGAAAUAUUAAUGUAGCUUUUAAUAACCAGCCAAGUAUUGGGCCUAAACUUUGAAUUGACAGUGUAGAAAUCGACGGCCAUGGAAUCUCGGAGACAAAGCCGCAGAUGGGAGUACUGGUGGACAGCUCUGUGUUUGUCUUUGGUUCUAUGCGUCAACCAUCAUGUUUCGGCUCAAAUACGAUAUUCUGUUCCAGAGGAGGUGAAAGAGGGAUAUGUCGUGGGAAAUAUUGCUAAGGAUUUGGGUCUUGAUGCCAGUACUUUGGUGGACAGACGGUUUCGCAUUGUUUCGGGAUCAAAUGACGCAUUCUUUCAGGUAACCCAGCACAAUGGCAUGUUGUAUGUAGAUAAGCAUAUCGACAGAGAAAAUGUAUGCGAGGGAAACAGCGCCUGCUUGAUUAAUUUAAAAACAGUUAUAGAAAAUCCAUUCGAGGUACAUUAUGUGGAGAUCGAAAUAACAGAUGUGAAUGAUCACUCCCCGUCUUUUCAGGAUAAUGAUUUUAAUCUAGAAGUGUGGGAAAACGCAGUAACUGGGACCCGGUUUGAACUUCAAACUGCUAGAGAUUUAGACGCAGGUGUUAAUUCAGUCCGGCUCUACCAGUUAAGUAAAAACGCGCAUUUUGAUUUAGAAAUUAAAGAUAGUGUAUACGGAGACAAAACUCCCUUUUUAGUACUUCAGAAACCACUUGAUAGAGAAACUACUAAAAUGCACAGGUUACAGCUGACUGCAAUAGACGGUGGAAAUCCUCCUAAAUCAGGCGUUCUCAAUAUCACGGUCCGUGUUUUGGAUGUAAACGACAACCGUCCAAUAUGCAAAAGUGACACUUUAACUAUAACUCUGCGGGAAAAUGCAUUAAUAGACACCGCAUUGACAGUAAUAAAUGCAAGCGAUGCAGAUAGUGGUCUAAAUGGUGAAGUGGAAUAUACAUACGGUAGAAACAUGAAAUCUAAAAUACGUGAGAUAUUUCAGUUAGAUCGCACGUCUGGUGAAAUACUUGUUAAAGGCUUGAUUGACUUUGAAGAAAAUGAUAUAUACAGUUUAAUGAUAAGGGCCUCAGACAAGGGAAUUCCACCUCUUUAUACCGACUGUCAGCUUAUCGUUAAAGUAGAAGAUGUGAAUGACAAUAAACCAGAAAUACAAGUAACAUCUCUUUCAAAUGUCGUUUCGGAAGACGCAAAAAUUGGAACUGUUAUUUCUCUCAUAAGCGUGAGUGAUAAAGAUUCUGGAAUUAAUGGGAAAGUAGUGUGUAGCCUCUCUGACAAUGUACCAUUUGAGUUGAAACAGUCCGUUCAGGACUAUAUGUUUUCUCUGGUAACGAAAGAACGAUUAGACCGAGAACGAGUGUCCGAAUUUGAUAUAGAAAUCAUAGCAACAGAUUUAGGCAACCCUCCUCUUUCAGUCUUCAAAUCUAUGCGUGUGCAGGUGUCAGAUGUAAAUGACAACAUGCCAGAUUUUUUAACGAAUUCUCUAGAGCUUUACUUACCUGAAAACAAUGCGCCAGGCGCGUCUAUAUUUUUUGUCAAUGCUUUUGACAAAGAUAUUAAUGAAAAUGCUGCAAUAACAUAUCAUAUUAUUAGAGGCGGAGGGAUGCAGAAUGAUAUGGCAUCUGCUCUAAACAUAAAUUCUGAGACAGGCGUCAUUUACGCAUUGAAGAGUUUUGACUUUGAAUCUUUAAAAAAGUUCCAGUUUAACGUGCUCGCAACAGACUCUGGAUCUCCCUCCCUGAGCAGUAACGUGACAGUGAACGUUUAUAUUCUAGACCAAAAUGACAAUGUCCCAGUGAUCCUACAUCCAGUCAGCGCGAACGGUUCAGCUGAGGGUGUGGAGGAGAUUCCCCGCAAUGUGAACGCAGGUCAUUUGGUGACUAAAGUCAGAGCCUAUGACGCAGAUAUUGGAUACAACGGCUGGUUAUUAUUUUCCCUGCAGGAAGUUAGUGAUCACAGUCUCUUUAGUUUGGAUCGAUAUACAGGACAGAUAAGAACCCUUCGCUCAUUAACUGAAACAGACGAGGCCCAGCAUAAACUGGUCGUACUGGUGAAAGACAAUGGAAACGUUUCUCUGUCAGCAACAGCGACUGUGAUUGUCAAAGUUGUGGAGCCCAAAGAGGCUUUUGCAGCUUCUGAAGUUGAAAACGCAGUAAAAGUUGAGGAGGAAAACAACGUGACAUUUUAUUUGAUCAUCACAUUGGGCUCUGUGUCAGUGCUUUUUAUCAUCAGUAUCAUCGUUUUGAUUGUAAUGCAGUGCUCUAAAUCUACAGACUAUUCGUCCAAGUAUUUACAAGAUAUGAAUUACGACGGGACUCUGUGUCACAGUAUUCAGUACAGAUCUGGAGACAAACGGUACAUGCUAGUCGGACCCAGAAUGAGUAUUGGCUCUACUCUAGCACCUGGCAGUAAUAGGAAUACUCUAGUGAUACCAGAUCGCAGAAGGAGAGAUUCUGAGGAGGUAAGAAAUUGA